GCGCCUGAGCCAGACCUCCACCACGGCCAAGCGGCCUCGAUAAAAGCUAGCUCGUGCGCUGAGCUCGGCCUUUCCUGCAAGGACCACAUCAGCCACUCCAAUGGCUCAGGACGGAGUGCAGUGCUGUGACUCACAGAAAGACUUUAUUUUAUCCUCUUACAGUAAAAAGGUUCCUAAAAGGAUGGCGUCUCUCUUGGAGCUGAAGGAAAUCUUCCGCAACGCCGACGCGGUGUGCUUUGAUGUGGACAGUACCGUCAUCAGGGAAGAAGGCAUCGACGAGCUUGCAAAGUUCUGCGGAGUUGGAGACGCCGUGGCAGAGAUGACCCGCAGAGCUAUGGGUGGCACUGUGACAUUCAAGGCAGCUCUAACAGCACGGCUAGGUCUCAUACGUCCUUCUUACGAGCAAGUGCAAAAAUUAAUAUCUGACCAUCCACCUCAGCUAACACCAGGAAUAAGGGAGUUGGUGAACAGGCUUCAUCAGCGAGGGGUCCAAGUCUUCCUGGUCUCCGGGGGAUUUCAGAGCAUCGUGGAGCACGUGGCCUUGCAGCUAAACAUUCCAACUGCAAACGUCUUCGCCAACAGGCUGAAGUUCUACUUUAAUGGAGAGUACGCAGGGUUUGAUGAGACACAACCAACUGCAGAAUCAGGUGGGAAAGGAAAAGUUAUUACUCAUCUGAAGGAACAGUUCCACUUUAAAAAUGUAGUUAUGAUCGGAGAUGGAGCUACGGACAUGGAAGCCUGUCCACCUGCUGAUUGCUUCAUUGGAUUUGGAGGGAAUGUAAUCAGGAAGCAAGUAAAGGAGAAAGCUAAAUGGUACAUUACUCACUUUGAUGAACUACUAAAGGAACUGGAAGAACGAUAAAUUAUACCGUAAAGUAAUAUAUUUAACAACUAUAAAUACAAUUCAAUUAAACA